CAGGAGGCAGAGAAGAUGGGCAUCCUCAGCGUAGACUUGCUGAUCACACUGCAAAUUCUGCCAGUUUUUUUCUCCAACUGCCUCUUCCUGGCGCUCUAUGACUCGGUCAUUCUGCUCAAGCACGUGGUGCUGCUGUUGAGCCGCUCCAAGUCCACUCGUGGAGAGUGGCGGCGCAUGCUGACCUCAGAGGGACUGCGCUGCGUCUGGAAGAGCUUCCUCCUGGAUGCCUACAAACAGGUGAAAUUGGGUGAAGAUGCCCCCAAUUCCAGUGUGGUGCAUGUCCCCAAUCCCGAAGGCGGUGACAGUAGUGGAAACGGUGCCCCGGAGAAGACCGCCGACGGAGCUGAGUGCCACCUGCUUGACUUUGCCAGCGCCGAGCGCCCACUGGUGGUCAACUUCGGCUCGGCCACCUGACCGCCUUUCACGAGCCAGCUGCCAGCCUUCCGCAAACUGGUGGAAGAGUUCUCAGCAGUGGCUGACUUCCUGUUGGUCUACAUCGACGAGGCGCAUCCUUCAGAUGGCUGGGCGGUGCCUGGGGACUCCUCUUUGUCUUUUGAGGUGAAGAGGCACCGAAACCAGGAAGAUCGGUGUGCAGCAGCCCACCAGCUUCUGGAGCGUUUCUCCUUGCCGCCCCAGUGCCGCGUUGUGGCUGAUCGCAUGGACAACAACGCCAAUGUAGCUUACGGGGUAGCCUUUGAACGGGUGUGCAUUGUGCAGAGACAGAAAAUUGCUUAUCUGGGAGGAAAGGGCCCCUUCUUCUACAACCUUCAAGAAGUCCGGCGUUGGCUGGAGAAGAAUUUCAGCAAGAUGAAAUCUAGAUUAGCUGGUUAA